AUGCUGAACGUAUCAUGGCCUUCUGAGGCUGCUCCGAGGAUUGGCUGUGUUGGCAUCAAGCAUGCAGGACAUCGAACCCGACCGAUAUCGCACGACCGACCGUACCUCAUCGACAGGAUCGCAGGCUGCAUGCCCUCACAAGUCCUGCCUUCCCUAAGACACAAGCUCUGUUCUUGCGAAAGUGGCGGCAAUUGGCCAGAAGAUGCCAAGCACAUCUACGCAGCUUCAUCGGACGUUUAG